UAGACUACCAAGUACGAGAAUGGAGGAAGAAAAAGCACAAAAUAUCGCAAACAUGAAUGUCAUUGAGACACCAAAGAAAACUAAAAGACCGGAUACGUUGUAUACUGGUCGAAAAUAUGUCUGUGAUGAAAAUGUGAAUCUUACACUAAAGUCAACAAGUUCUGAGGAAGGUCCUUCGCCAACUAACGCAAAUAUCCAUCAUCCAACAAAAUUAUUAACAAGUACGACAACAUCCAUUUCUGCUAAUGGAACUGUUACGACAACGGCAACAAAAAAGUUCCUUGAUAAACCGACUCUUGUAAAACGCCUUGCCCUUGGAUUACUUCGAUCGACGGAUGAAUAUCGACCUCUCAUGCAAAACAAAUCUUCGCCUCCGUCGCCCACAAAAAAUUUCUUUGACGACGAAGUCGACAACAAGAAUCACAAUAAAACCUUAUAUGAUCUCAACAAGAUAAUUGCACACAAAUUUGGAGAUUCUUGUCGUCAAAGUCUCAACUCUGUUCAUGCCGAUGAUACAAAACAUUAUGAAGUCCCUCAACAAAAAAAUUUCUUGGAUUUUGAUAAUCGGCGACGCAGUAAAUUAAUACAAAGAGAAACAAAUAGCGCGUCGUCAUCUCCCACAAAAUUGCCAAGAUUAUUUGGGACAAUCAAACGCACUGAUAGUUUAAAUGCUGUAGAAGAAAAUGAUUUAAGAUCUGCUGCAUGGUAUCAAGAAGGCCUUCCUCGUGAAAUAUCGCUUGAAGUUUUGGCUCAACAGUCACCUGGCGCGUUUCUCGUUCGUCGAAGCACAUCAAAAGUCGGUUGUUUUGCAUUAUCCGUGCGAACUCCAAGUCCUCCUGGACCAAAAGUUGCACAUUAUUUAAUUCUCAGGACUUCAAGAGGGUAUAAAAUAAAGGGCUUCACGAAAGAAUUUUCAACUUUGCGUGCAUUGAUUACGCAUCAUUCUGUUAUGCCAGAAAUGCUGCCAGUUCCAUUAUCACUUCCUCGUCCCAAAAAUAUCCUUAUGAAAAGUCGGAAGGAAGACGAUUACAACAGUUACAACGACCUAAAAAAAAUCAUUUCAGAAUUGAACAUAGCUAAUAACUUAUCUUAA